CGAGCGGCAUGAAAGAUCGCAUAAGAGAUUGUAUAUGUAUCCGCUUUAGAAAUUAUCUUGCUUUUGAGCUAAGUUAGCUGUUCUACAUCUGAUCGUGGUUACAUAAAUAAGUGUGUUUGCCCGAAGCCCCCACAAAAGUUGUGAAAAUGUCAGUGCCAUCACAGGAGUCUGCAGGGCAUCGGAUAUCUGACCUCAGGGCCGUGCCGCAAACAACGUACAAAUUGGAGCUGAGAAAAAGUGAGUCUAAAACACAAUCUGUGUACAGGAAGAACAGUCAGAAACGCCGUUCUCCCAGUUUUCGAACUCCGUGCGAGCGAGAAAUGCUCAAAAGCUUGAGAACCAAGAAGAGUUCGCUCUAUUCGUCCACUCCAGAACUUGGUCCUGAAGCUAUUGGUAAGCCAUCAACUGAUGGAUUCUCAGGUCGAAUGAAUGUGCGGCAAUUAGUGAAGAACUUUGAAACAGUUAGUUCAAGUAUUAACGAACCUUUUUCAAGUGAUCGCCUGAAUGUUGCAGAUUUUAGAAAUAAGGCAUUUGCCUCAAGGCUUAAUCCUUCUGCCACGCCAUCUCGUUCAUCGUCCAUGAGAUCCUCAUGCCUAAGCAAUUCGUUCGACACCGGCUUCGGCUCAGAUUUGAGCACAGUUGAUUUCGAAAAUUCGGUAGAUUUCGUCAAUACUGGCGAUGUUCACUCAGAAGUUUUUGAAUCUUCUACUAGUUUGCGUCUCUUACCUACCACAUCUUCUUCUCUGUACAACUAUCAUCAAGACAAUCCUCUGUACGGAUCGCUUCCUCGUAUCAAACCUGGGGCGAGGUCGAGAGCCAGCAUCACAAAAUAUAUGGCAGAUACUAGUCGGUUUCUCUUGAAGAGAACUCUUAGCGUCAACAACGGAGAGAUGUACGAGUGUAUUGAGUUUUCCGAUAAUGGGAACUGUUCCCGUUCGACGGUUGAUACUCCAGUCUGCGCAGAAAUUAUUCAAGGGAAGCCCAUGGUUGCCAGCAGAGCAGAAGUGGUCAGUGUUCGUCGACUAGUGAAGGGCUUUGCUACCCCUGUGGAUAAGGUAGCUCUUCCAGACAUGGACGAUUCUUGCCAAGAGUCUCAGGAUGCGUCUACCUCGGCGGCGCCCUCGAACGGCACUUACAGUGCCCGAUGGGUGCACCUUGAUGACCUUAGCAAGGACGCGACCGGCGACGAUGAUGCCAGCAGUGUCAGCAGCAGCACAAGUACACUCACGAGCCGAUCCAGUGACCGCUGUAAACAGAAAAACGGGUCCAAAAAACGGGAAAAACGGCCCGAGCGACGUGACAGCGGCCGUUUCACGUCCGCUGCUAAGCUACUCAGGAAUCUGAGUCGAGCUCCUCGCAAUGAUUCAUCGACGACAUCUUUAAAUCGAUCGAACCCUAACUACCAUUCCGAAGGCAAAGGAUUGAAAAAGAAGAACGCGUGGGCUUCUGAAAGAGAACUCUCUUCGACUUCAGCCUCGAAUAAGGAAAGAAGCCACAGUUUUUGCGACAAAGCUGACAGCAAGCGACGGUAUUCGACCCAGGAAGAUCCCAACACUAACUCCACGGCGGCUCCUGACUUGCGUUCCACAACUUUGCCUUGCAAUGCACCACAUCAAACUCGUGGCGACUCCACUGCACUGCCCGAUUAUAUUUCAACCGGGCCAAUGGAUAGGAAUUCCGACAGGCUCGGUGAGCGGGACGGCAAGGAGCGACGUUCUAUUCGUAAAUUAACUAAGGAUUCAGGAUACGAGACUUCCCCGUACAGUGAACUGAGUGACUACGCUCACCUAGACCAGCUAGUGUCUGAAACAGCAGGGCUGCAAGCCGCUUCUGCUGAAGAUUCCGAUGACGAUGUAACGCUUGCAGCGGACUCUGAACCCACGUCUGACGUGUCACCCUCGUCGUCGCCAGUCGCCAGCACUCCUACUUUGUCAAGAGUAAACAGCAGAGAAAAGUCCAAAACGUACACCUCCGUCUACAACUCCCCUGACGAACUCAGCUCAGAUCCCCUUAACAAUCCUCGCACUCCAACUCAUGGUGCUGCUCUUCCAAUCACUGCUGCCUCUAGGACCGAUUUCUCUGGAAAUCCUAGUGACGGAUCCGCUUUUGACGAAACUGAAAGUCAGAGAAAUCCUGUGCUUCGACAUCCUUCUCUCAGCAGCUUAGCUAAUUUCGCUGACUCAUUGGUCGCAACCAGUGGGGCUUCUCAGCACAGCAUCAAUAGAUUGUCACCAGAAGAACACCAGCCAGAAAAUUCUGACCAAGAGUACACCGUCCUUCCAGAGGCCGCUUCUUGUGGACUUGAGCCAGCUUCCAGUCAGUCGUCGCUUACGCAAGAUGAACAAGGUCCUCCGAGGCCACCCUUACCUGCCAAGAAGUCCGCUCUGAGCAGCGGGUCUUCGCUCACCAGGUCGACACCAAACCUUGAUGAAGGGAAACAUGGCAGCAUGGUGACCAAAACAUUGCCGAUGUAUUCCUACUUGCACAAUGGCUCCUCACACACCCCAAGGAACAACUCCAGCUCUUCAAAAAUGACGUCUGGCCGCUACUGGGAGGGUGGUGGUCAGCCGGACACUCCAGGCCGAGAAGAUUACGCCCAUCACUUACGAUCUUCAUCGUAUCAAGUUCUCCAUUCACAGCAGCAGCAACAACAGUUCAGUUCUGCUCCAUCGUCUUCUACGUAUCACACGCGUCAGCAUUCUAAUCCAUCAACUUAUCCUGAAGCAGACGACCGUAAUUCCAGACUUGACCCGAGACAAAUCGCCAGCAAUUAUUCAUCUCAAUAUUAUGGGUGCGAUCGAUCUCGUUAUUUUUCUUACGAUAGCAUUGGUCCAGAAAACGGUAGUCAAAAGUAUCCAAAUUCAUGGAAUGUUUCUGAACCGGAUCUAUCAGUUUCCAACAGUCAUCCAUCCCAGAAUUAUCUUUAUCACAGUUCAUCUCAUAAUUCCUAUAGUUCGUAUUCUUCUCCAGACCAUCAAAGUAACCGCAAGAAUAGUUCUCCUAGCCUUAAUAAAUCUGUUAAUCGAAGUAGUUCCUCGAGUUUCCAUUCAAGCACAGCGAGUGGCUCCUACCACUCGCAAGUCCAACCACCACUUCCUUCCUCAACUGCCAAAAAUACUUCUUCACCGCCACCUCCUCCCGUCAGAGAUGCAUCAAGUUUAAAGUACAUAAAGUAUGGACCAGGUCACGAGAAAUUUCCUUCAUGGCCUGUGCCUGCUGGUUCUGCUAGCCAGGUGAUGAACUCGUGUUCUGACCACGAAAAUUCAUCACAAAACAUCUCGGAAUCCAUUACUGGUCCCCAGGGAUCCCACAGAUCAAAAUCGUGGACUGAACAAUCUGACUAUCCUAAAGAUACCAGUGGCGGGUACACUCGCCCUCACCACAAAAAACAGCUGACUGCUGCUUAUCAACAGCAGUUGAAAACUGUCAUGGAAAAGUGUGAAAGAAUUCCUCCUCAAGUGUUUGAAUCAAAGCUCGGAGAUGAUUUGAUGUCCAACCCUAACUGCUCUCUAAUAGAUUCUUUCUAUCCGUCGAAUUCUUCAUAUUAUCCUCUAUACGAUAGAGAUGGGAACGGAAUCGAUGACAAGGACUACAAUAUUCCGUCUCCACCAGAGCGAGAUUCAGGCCCUGGUUUAGGCGAACCUAAUGUGAGCCAAUUGACCGCAGCCCAGCUGGAGGAAUAUGCUCGGCAUUACGACUACUCGUGCACUGAGAUGAUGGGGGUAACUCCUUUCUUGGAUCGACUACGAGAAGAAUCAGCAGGAUGGGAAGGUGCUUCUGAGCGAGACUCAGGAAGAGGCGAAAGCGAAAGCAUGACUGAUUCCUUCCGCUACAGUAACGGCCGUGAAAGCGUCACUACAGUUGUUACAAAUUCUUCUUCGGCGUCUUCUUCGGAAACUUUGAAAUGGCAUGGAUCAUUAUCUGACAUUUCUCUCAUUUCUGGUCAUUCUCGGGACAUCCGCGCUGAGCAGAAUAUCGCUCAUAGCUCGAGGGUUAUGGCGCCGCAGCGACACAACAGUGAAUCAGUUCUUUACUAUGGAUCUGAAAAAUCCAAAAAGUCAAUGAAAACUAGUGUUGAUCACCGAGGAAAUAGUAGUAAUAAAAUUAUGAGAGACUCAGAAACUGGUUUCCCGAGAGCGUCCAGAGAUAGAUGGAAUAGAGAAGUAGAAAGGAACAAUGAAGUGAACAAUCUCAAGAAAUUUCCUUCCUAUUCUUACUCACAGCCUUUGUCUCAAAUCAACGAAGCUCCGGCAGCUGAGUCUCACGAGAACAAUUCCUCUCUUCAAGCCAAGAGUCCGACGAUAGACGUGAGCAAGCCUCCGUCUGUCGCCGAGAGGAUAAAUGAACUAGAGCGGCAAUCGCGAAAUCCGGUGCGUGAGCCGCUGCAGCGAUACAGAGACGCAAGUGAACCCAGAGAACGAACCGAGUCGCGCAGUACCCGUGAACUGCGGCGAAGAGACAUGAGUGAGCCCAGAAAAGAGUACAGAGAUGAAAUAGAAUCGGAAACUGAUAACGAUCAGAAUAAUUAUCCUGAUCUAGGAUACUCGACUCCUGAUCCAGACCGUUUGCAAAAAGAAGUUGGCCACGAAUCCGUGCCAGAUUCGACAUUAGAAAAUGUUUCAGUUGAUCUUCUGAAAGACGUAGUCCCAUACAGAACAAAUUCGAUGUCUGCUAGGGUAGAACGAAGUAUGAGUGACCAAGAAAAUAUACCUGUAUCAAACAUUUCGACUUUGGAGGUAGACAGGACAGCUCCGUUGAAAAACUUUGCUUACUUGGAUCCCAAGAAGCAGUGUAAAGUUCCCGAGCCAACCCUGAAAAACAUUCAAAAGCAAGCCUUGAUGUCUUUCUACGUGAGAAAAACAAGCUCUUCGUCGCUAAGCGAGCAUGGCUCUCCAUUUGGCAAGCCGCCUGCACCUCUUGUGUCAAAGAAUUCCUUCAGCUCACGUGGUCAUGUCAGAGAGGACCGGUCAGGUUUGGCUGGAAUAAGUCUGGCUCGUCUUGGCAGGGUACCGGACAGUAGUGACAAAGACUUCCCUUCAAGACCCCCACGCAAGCGAUCAGUUAACGGACGGUCUGACUUAGAUGAGCAUAGCGCUCGUCGGGAGAGUUUGGAGACCGAGCGAUCGCGGUCAGGCUCCGAGGCUGGCGGGAACAAUUCGUCUGCCCAGAAUGGGGUGACUGCUCGCUCUUCUUCACCAGACCCAGCACCCGUUGUUCCUCACCUCCCUGCUGACGCUUCACUGCAGGAAGAUGCAGCCAACCUCAGGUCCACCGCUGCCAGCAGAAAGCCGGCUCUCCCUCCAACAGCUUUCGAGGAUCUUCCUCGACCUCCUGAGCGUCCGCCAAAGAAGCCGACUCUCAGGCCUCAUUUUCCUGCCUCACCAAAAGAUGCGACAUCUCCCUCUAGUUUUGGCAGCGAUGACGCGUCCAAGUGCGGUCGUCCAUAUUACUACCGACGACCUCCAGCACCAGAUCCUCCUUCAUCCGAAGGGGCUGGACUCGUUACUGAACCGUCGACCUCGCAGUGCGAUUCUCUUUCUAACGAAGAUGUGCCAAAUUCUAAGUACAUGCACUCUUUGCAUCGUAUUCCUGGAAGAAAUUUUAGUCACCCUGUCAAUCUUAGCCCUUGUCCUUCAUCGUUGCCGAACUUUAGUCAACAUCAGCAGUGCAACAGUGCAGCACCUCUGUCUCCUACCAUCAGGAGCUUUGCCUUGCAAACUUCCCGCUCUUCUACACCUGAGCUUCCUCCACCUCCUCCUCUUCAACAAAGUGAACUUGAAGUCACUGGACUCCCGGAUGAAGAACCUUUACCUCCUCCACCCUCUGAAAUCUCGCGUUCCAGUUCAAAAAUUUGCGGCCCAAAAACUGCCUCAGAAACUGGAUCAUUCGAUUGCCCUAUAAACUUUGACGGCAGUUCUGAUCCAAGAUUGCAUGACAAUCUUGAAUUGAAUAAUUUGGAUUCAUCUGAAUCCACACUAAAUCCGAUGCAUGCUGACUACGAUCACAGCCUACCUAAGACGCCUCCUAUUCUCAUGUGCAAGCGUGACUCAUCCGAAGAUUGUGACAACAGUAAACUUGAGACUUAUCACAAGGAUUCAUACAUGGCUCAGAAGAAGGAUUGGUCAAGCGGCUUCGAGGGACGAUAUCGGCGCACAUCGUCUCCAUCUGCCUCGCCCAGCCGGAACAUUCAGACCGGCAACUCCAUAACUCCUAAUGCACUGGAACACUCCUUGACUCACCACUCAUCCACAAAGUGCCUCAGCACUUACAACAAUAAUUACGCUGCUUUGUCUUCAUCGCCAAUGCUUUCGUCGUCAACUAUGGCAUUAUCUUAUCCUUCUAACGCAUCUUCUGGUUCGUCUUCGCUCUCGUCUUCCUUAUCUUCCUCGUCGUCGAAAUCAAAAUCUGGAUCGUAUCUGAAGCAUUCUGCAUCGUCCACGUCGUCAUCGUCAAAUUCAUCGGCUGGGUCGUCUUCUGCUGGUCCCAGAAAACCUAUUUUUAAGUCCCACAUAAAACCCACUACGCUUGAUAAUGAAAAUCAAGUCAACAACAACGAUUCAGGCUGGGCUGGCCAUGCUCGCCAGACGUCCACGAUAGUCGAUUUUACUAGCGAAGCACUUCGAGCUCUUCGACCCAAUAAAAAAUCAGAAGCUGCAUAUUACCAACCGACUCCUAUUAGAACUCUGCCUUCUGCAGUGUCAACUCCUGCUUUGCUGCAACAGGCGACCUACAGGUCGCAAUCAGCUUCUUCUAACCAGGGGUCAUCAUCUUCUUUAGCGAGCGCACACUUAGAUCCGCCACCCAAGACGAGCCCCGACUCAUCAUUACGGGCUUCUUUGGAUUCUUUACAUUGCGCUCGACUGCCGAUUGGAUCCCGAAGUCGCGGAGCCCUCGAUGGGCUUCCCCGAACGGUAAGCGUCAACGAAACUCUCUCAAACGAGUCUUCCAAUCGCUGCGCCAGUGUUGUCGAAAGUUUGAGCAGGUCUACGAGUGUUGCGGAUUCUUUGUGCCGAAGAAGUUCUAGUGCGGCUGACACUCCUUCGAGUUUAUCACGUGCAAGUAGCAUUAGUGAAUCCUCGGCUCCUAGUCCUACCUGCGUAGGCCUAGCGUCUACUGCUGUUGAAGGGGCUGUCAUCGCUCGACCUGCCACAGUUACUGAAGAGUCGAGUGUUCUUCAGCCCUCCACUGUUGAGCAAAAAAUAUGUCAUGAGAGAAUCGAAGACGCUUCUCGAGAAUAUAACGGAAGCGGUAAUCUAAUCGAUUCUCCGACUACUUCCUUAUCCAAUUAUUAUUCGACUGGAAAUUCUCCUGUGCCAUCAAGUAAUUCUGUCUUGUCAUCACCUCCUCGCACUCCGCCGGCCGUUACAGAGUUGCCAAACGAUUCAUUAGUCGCAGGGAGUACACACUCUUUGCCUUCGAUCUCAGACGACAAUGACUCGUCAUCACAACCUUCAUCGCCUCUGCUUGCACCCUCUGAACUUCUGCUUCCCGAGGCCGCUCCAAGCGUCUGCUCCGAACCUGGUAGUACUGAUGUUACUGACGUACAGGUGGACAUGGUCACCAUUGGUUACGGUCGAGGACGACGGCGAGAAGAAGUCGAGUGUGAACUCCUUUCUAUGGAGUACGUCUCGAGACUUGGACUCGAUCCGCGGCUGCAGGCUCUAUUGGCUCCUGGACCCGAGUUGAAGACCACGGCUGACUACAUGGCAGGAGUCUUCAAGUACGAAGUGCGGCGAGACAUCCUUGCCUCUCGGUCACAACACUUAGUUCCUCUGUACGAAAAUCAGGAUGGUCAAAAGCAUCCGCAAAAUUUCGCUUCAGGACGGCUAAGUUCAAACAAUUACCCUCUGCUGAAUGGAGACUCGACUCGAGAUUCAAGAGUAAAAGAGUAUGAAGUGUCCCCGCCAAAAUUAAAUUCAGCCUCAUCGCAAUCUUACACUAAUCUCUCAUCCACAUCCAAUCGAUUCUCUAAGAAUUAUUUUUCGCCUCCUAGUGAAGAAUCAGUCUCUAGUCUUACAAAUAGUAAUAGUUACUCCAACUUAAAUUCUCCCACAAGAAACUCGUCAUUUUCCGCCAACAAUAGCUCUGCCAAUCUUAGCUCUGCGAAUCAAGUUGCCAACUUUACGUCACUCAGCUCUCCUGUUCGAUCAUCGGACUCCAAAUUUAUCUAUUCGAGUGGGCGCACUCAGUCAAGUCCUGAACACACCACCAACCUCUCGCUCUCUAUCAACGACGCCACCGGCUACCAGAGUCCCGGUGCCUGCUCUACAGAUGAACCUAAAGUACCAAUAAAUGCAAGGUCGCCUCUACCUUCGGACUCGGCAUACUUCACUUCGGAGAGCAAAGCGCGACUGCUCACUAGGAUGAGGUCUUCUCCGGACGAGCGUGAGAAGGACGCUCGAAACUCACCGACGUCUCCUACAACGGCUGACUCCCAAGCUCUUAUGCAGAAAAAAGAGGAGCUGAUGCAGAGCAUUGGAAGGAAGCUGGAGAUCUUGCGAGCUGAGGAGGAGGCCAUCAAGGAAGAGAUGAGACUCAAUAACGAGCUUGGCCUGGAAGUCUCACAACGGGUCGAGAUUCAAGCCAAGCCACAGGAGGUAGAGAAAUUCAAACUACACGUCAAUGAGAUCGACAAGAUCACGUCGCUGCUGCUGGGGCUGUCUGGCCGCUUAGCGCGGGCAGAGAACGCCUUGCUUCUUCUGUCCCCGCAAGACGGCCCCGAGCUUCGGCGUGUCUUGGAGCUGAAGAGAGAUCGACUACACGAGCAACUUCAGGAAGCCCUGGUGCUCAAGGAGAACAUCGACAGGAGAGCUGCUCAGGUUGAUAAAUGUUUGAUGCAGUACCUAAACGAAGCUGAGUUUGCUGACUACGAUCACUUCAGCAAGAUGAAAGCCAAGCUUGUAAUGGAUGCACGGGAAAUAGGCGACAAAAUCACGCUCGGAGAAGAACAGAUGACUGCAUUGAGAGGAACUUUCAAAAGUUCUGAAGAAGCGCCCUUCAGCAAUGGUUGCUGAGCGAGCCUUACUGCAAUCCGCAAUUGGUAAAGGUCUACCUCAGAAUUGCACCCUCUAAUUCGGUGCAGUAUCUCGAGGGUAGAUUCUUCCACCAGUCAAUGGCGUUUGGUUUGUCUCACUUUAAUAAAUAUCUACAAAGACUUGAGUGCGUCUCUAUAGGAAAAUAUUUCUCUGUAUGGAUUCGUGGUCAAAAAGGCAUAAUUCUUCAAGUGAUCUUCGUCAGCGUGCCGAGCAAACUGAAUGUCACAAAUUAUUCGAAAUGAGAGAAGAAUUAAUGAAGUCUGACGACAAUUAUCAAGUCAAUUUUAAUCACGUAGUGUGUAAUCAAGUGUUAUAUAUGAAUGAAAGGAUGAUUUUACCAACCAGACAAUUUCUUAAAAGAAUGUGAUCCUGUAGUUCUGACGCGUGUCUGUGUUAUUAUUUCGUUAAUAUCCUGUAUCUUUAAGUUGCUCAUUCUUUUUAUUCUCGAUGCGAAACAUAUCACAUGCUCUGCUUUGUCUGAUUAUUGACACUCCAACAGAACAUCAAAACCGUGAAUUGUUGCGAUUUCGCCUAACGUGCUUUUUUCUCCGCUAACCACGAAAUGAAGUUCAUAUUUCAUUAAGCGAUCUUUCAAAUAUAUCUCUGGCUGCUUUAUGUUUCGCUUUGCAGGUGCCAGGGAAACAAUGGUUUGGUUCGCUAUUGCUUCCCAAUAUUUUAUGAUUUUCUUCAAUUAUUACUUGAGAUAUUUCGUAUUUAAGAAGGGUGAGGAAAACUCGUAUGACAACCUCCCUGUAGGAAUUGUGAAAAUAGGUAUGUAUAUUUUUUCAUAAUUUCAAUUGUUGUAAACGGUGCUCGUUAUUUUUCUGUGCUAAGUUACCUUGCUUGUUAUUUCUUUUUAACUUUGAUAGUUUCUGUCUUGUAUCAACGAUGAUGAAAUUUCUCUUCAUUAGGUUUCAUUGCACGUAAAAUCGGUAGUCGUGGAAAUUUGCGUCUGUCCGAGAGACGCCGCAGUGGUUAACAAGAUCGAUUUUGAAUAAUCUUAUUAUUUUUCUCGCUGCAGUUCUCCCAGUCUUUCAGUAUAUUCUUUAGUAUGUAUAGAGAUGCGAUCUUCCGCAAAUUGGGCAUAAACAUCCGAUGUGAACUACACGAGUUAUUGUGAGGCAUGAGAAGUGUGUUGUCUAGAUGCCUCCAAUCAAUUAUGCUAUUUAUGCUGAUAAUGUAUGUAAUUUUUUAAUUUAGACUUUGUCAUGACGUGAGUUACGCCAAGUUUUACUUUUAAGGCUGAUUUCCAUUUUUCAUGGAACGAGAGGCUUAUAUUAAUGCUUUUCAAAACAGUCGGAUCUGUAAAGAAUUAAUUUAAAUUAUUGUAUUUUACAAGUU